GAGGACUACGCCAAGGCAGAGGCUGAUGCAUCUAAAGCCAUUGAAGCCGAUGGCCGGGACAUGAAGGCGCUGUUCCGCCGAAGCCAGGCGCUGCAGAAGCUGGGCCGCCUGGACCAGGCUGUCAGUGACCUGCAGCGGUGUGUGAGCCUGGAGCCCAAGAACAAGGCCUUCCAGGAGGCCCUGCGUGCCCUGGGGAGCAGCAUGCACGAGAAGAUGAAGACCAUGUCCUGCACGGACUCGAAGGUAGAGCAGAUGUUCCAGAUCUUGCUGGAUCCUGAAGAAAAGGAUGCAGACAAGAAGCAAAAGGCUGCGCAGAAUCUGAUUGUGCUGGCACGAGAGGAGGCCGGAGCAGAGAAAAUCUUCCAAAGCGAUGGUGUGCGGCUGCUGACGCAGCUGCUCGACACGGCCAAGGCUGACCUGAUGCUGGCGGCCCUGCGCACCCUGGUGGGGCUGUGCUCCGGGCACCGCUCCCGGACCAUGGCCAUCCUGGCGGACCUGGGGGCCCCUCGUCUCUCAGCGGUGCUGGGUGUGGAGCAUGAGCAUGUUUCCCUGGCUGCUUGCAACCUUCUGCACGUGAUGUUCGAUUCCCUGAAGGAGGGGCUGCAGAAGGAUUUCCGUGGCAAGGAGGAUGCGGUGGUGCUGGAUUCCUCCAAGGACCUGAAACUGCUGAUCAAGCACCUCCUGGAGCUGCUAGCGCUGGAAGGGGCCUCUGCACACGGCCGUGACAAUGCGCUCAACCUGCUCAUCAAGGUGGUGCCCCGGAAGUCGCCAAAGGAGACCAACAACAGCAUGAGCCUCUGGGUGAUCGACCAGGGCCUGAAGAAGAUCCUGGAGGUGGGAAGUACGGUGUGCGGCACCCCGGGCAGCCUGCCCGUGACGGAGAACAGCCGGAUGAGCGCCUCGGUUCUGCUGAGCAAACUUUACGAUGACCUGAAAUGCGAUGCUGAGAGGGAAAACUUCCACCACUUGUGUGAGGACUACGUGAGGAGCUGGUUCGAGGGGCACGAGCUGGCUGGGAAGCUGCGGGCCAUCCAGACGGUGUCGUGCCUGCUGCAGGGCCCAUCGGAUGCUGGGAACAGGGUGCUGGAGCUGGAGGGGAUCAUGGAUAGCGUUCUGUCCCUCUGCGCCUCUGUCUGCGAGGCCCACCAGCUGGUAGCAGUGGAGGCACUGAUCCACGCUGCCGACAAGGCUAAGCGUGCCUCCUUCAUCACUGCCAACGGUGUCAGCCUGCUCAAGGAGAUCUACAAGCACAGUGAGAGGGACAGCAUCCGCAUCCGGGCACUGGUGCAGUUUGCUGAGGGCUCCACGAUGAAAUUGGCCAAGCAGUGCCGCAAGUGGCUCUGCAAUGAGAUGAUUGAUGCGGGCACGCGGCGCUGGGCGGUGGAGGGCCUAGCCUACCUCACCUUCGAUGCAGAUGUCAAGGAGGAGUUUGUGGAGGACAAGGCAGCGAUGCAGGCCAUGUUCCACCUGGCCAAGUCGGAGGACAGGAGCGUGCUCUACGCCGUUGCUUCCACACUAGUGAACUGCACCAACAGCUACGACCACGAGGAGCCGGACCCCCAGAUGCUGGAGCUGGCCAAAUAUGCCAAGCAGCACAUUCCAGAGCAACACCCCAAGGUGAGCAGGGCACAACUGCGGAAGCUGCGGGCGGCUUGUGUGGUGUCAGCUCUGGCCUGCAUGGUGAAGAGUGAGAACCCGGCACUCACCAACUCCUGCCGGGAGCUGAUCUCCAGAGUGUUCCUGGCACUGGUGGAGGAAGCAGAGGACCGGGGCGGUGUGGUUGCACAGGGAGGAGGCAAGGCUCUUAUCCCGCUGUCCCUGGAGGGCACCGAGGUGGGGCAGACCAAGGCAGCUCAGGCCCUGGCAAAGAUCACCAUCACCUCCAACCCGGAGAUGGCGUUCCCUGGAGAGCGGAUCUACGAGGUGGUCCGGCCCCUGGUGAGCCUUCUGCACCUUCAGCGCACGGGCCUGGAGAACUUUGAGGGGCUGAUGGCGUUAACCAACCUGGCUGGCAUCAGCGAGAGGCUGCGGUAG